AUGUUCAUGUUUAUUAUUGUACUGAUUAGUUUUGAUUGCUACGACUUUCAGAGGACGUCAUAUUCUCCACUGGGCGGACGUGAACGUAUUGGAUGGACGAAAUUCUGGAGCUCAUACUCUGAACUGAUGCCAAGAGCUGCUUACUUUCUUAUCAUCUCUUUAAUAAUCUUCUCCAGCUUCAACUAUAUUCAGAUCACCAUAAAGAUCUCCAGGAGAGGAGGACUAAUCAACAGUAACAGGAUCUCAGCUAUCGUUCACAACGAUAUGUAUUGUGUUGUGUACAAUCUUACUAGGGCUCAAAAAGGGUUUCGUGAAGACUACCUUGAACCUAUUACUUUAGCCACUCAUUCCACUUCUACGUAUAUGCAGUUAUUGAAUCAACAGAUGCGGUCUUGGGACGGUCCCAUUUCGUUAGCAUUGUUCAUUGAUCGAGGGUCAGCCUCCGUAAUUCAGCAUUUGAUGGAUCUUCAUAGAUGUGAUCGGAAGUAUACGGAAAAACUCUCUCUCCAUGUUGUCUACAAACUCUCUGCCUUCCAAGAUCGUUGUCACCCUCUACCAGCCAUUACGCAAACGUUGCCGUGCCAGAAUCUCACAAAGAAACACCGGAAACGGUUCCUGGAAGGUCUUGUGCCUCCGUUCGGCAUUUAUCCAAUAAAUGUGAUGCGAAAUGUGGCAAGGCGAGGUGCGCCCUCGUCGAUACAUAUCAUCAGCGACAUUGAGAUGGUGUUCAGCUCGAAAUUUGCCAAACGUGCAAAGAAAUUAGCUAAUGAACAUAUUCGCGAAGGAGGAAGGAAGCUGAUAGUGAUCAGACGAUUUGAAGUCGAAGAGAAUGUGAACAUACCGACGAAUCAUACCAGCCUCAAGAACCUUAUUGAUGCUAGAAAGGCAUUCGAGUUCCACCACCAAUUGUUCCCCACUGGUCAUACAAUCGAAGCGCUUUGGGAAUGGUUCAGGCGAUCUAAGGCGAAACCAGAACCGUACAUAUGGGAAAUUCCGUACAAGAAUCCCUCAUGGGAACCUCAAUUCAUCAUGCACGCAACGGAUCCAUUCAGCGAAGAAAAUAUGCCUACGCGUGUCAGAGAUCAACAAGCAUUGGCAUAUGAACUUUGCCGAGCUAACUAUACGUUCCUGCUGGCAUCACAACUCUUCAAUGUUCACCGGGGCGUCAAACGAGAAAGCACAAUUAUGGAUUCUGCUAUUGUUAAACAUCAGUCACGUUUAAGGUAUAGUGCUUUCAAGAACUUCAUUAAACGAAUUGAUUCGACUUAUCCGAAUACGCUCAAGCGAUGCAAGAAAUUCGUCAUGUAG